CCCCAAUAUUGAUCAAAGAGGGUUUUUUGGAACUCUCACCAAGUUCAUUCAAUUUUCUAUUUUAACAUGCCUCUAGUCAUCAUAUAUUGCACUUUCAGUUCUUCAGAUAUAUUUUUUACGAGGCCGAGAAAAAAAGUAUUUUGCAUAUCAAAAAAAAAGAGCUUUUCUUGUGCAGCAAACUGACAUAACUGUAUAUCUUAUUGCGGAGAGCUGCUAGUUUAUCAUGGUUGAUAAAUACGGUACAUAACACUUAAAUAUAACGAGAAAGAAAAGAACUUUCUGUCUUGUCUUGCACGAUAAGUGAAAUAUCAAAAUAUGGUUUUUAGCUCCAAUAGCUAUAACAGUUGGCCGGGGAUUUGGUGAGCAUUAUAGUGUUUUGAUUCCGUUCAUCAAAAUGUUUUUUUUAAAGUUUUUAAAACUGGCAAACUCUUCAGAUGAGCAACCAAGUUCGAUGGGCCAGAAAAAGUGUCAAAUGCUUCUUAAUCCCAGUCUUGUAUUACCGAAGAAUAUGAAAAAUUAAUCAAAAUGCCUUGAAUUGCGAGUAUCAGCAGUGAUUGACAAUGUUCACAUAUUGUCUAAGAACCAAAAAUCAAUAUACAACACAGCUUGAUGCAAUAGUACAGAAAAAGAAAUCACGAGAGUCUCCGUAUGAAAUCCCUUCAAUUUCAAAAUUGAAUGUUUUUAUCUUUUCUCCUUAGUGGAUAAAUCGUGCCCGUGUUGAAAAACGCGCAUACAAAAGCCUUCAAUACUAUACAGUCUAAGCUAGGCGUAUACACACAUGUGACUGUACGAAGUCCGCUCACUCCUCAGGACACCCUUUUGAAUAGCCGAUGAGAUAUGCUAGACCAAUUCCGCGGUUCCUAAAAAAUGCGCAGCGACUUCAAGCCUCGUGAAGUAUCAGCAAACGGAAGCCGUCCCUCGUACUGUCACCCAAAGUAAAGAUGAAACCAGGCACAGUCACCUUUCCACUAUCCUUUGAUGUAAUCAACACCAACUACACUGGACAUGUAUGUUCAACGUCUAUGCUACUGCACGGACAAUGUAAGUGCUAUUUCAAUUAAAACAGCUUUGAGAAAGGACAAAGCGGAGGAUCAAUAGUCACUAUUGAAAAUUAUUGAAAAUCCCAGGAGUAGACGCGACAAGUCUCUUAAAAGAAUGGAUAGAAAAAAGGUCAUAUGAAUAAUUAUUCAGAUUAAGAAAAUUACGUGAGGGCCACUGAAGACUUUCAAGUGCAUCAAUAUUUGUCUACAAUCUUAAUGCUAUCUUAUAUACUCAUGAUUUCCUUCAUUAUUUAUCAAGUAUUUGACAGACCUGUUUCUCCAAACGCCUUCGAGACCUUCAGCUAAGCAAUACAACGUGAAGCGAUGUCUUCGUCGAUGAACGCGAUCACCAUUGGAAGUCUGAUAAAGAAAGACCUGACAGAGGCCUAUUUUCUUCCACAGAAGCCGUCCUCUUAUAUAGAAGAAUACAAAUUCUUCAACUCGACCAAAUACCGAAUUUUCGAUUAUCCAACGUCUUCAGCAACAUUUCGCCGGCUUGUAUCACCAUGUUACCACCUUGCUGCUGCUGGCGAUGAAAUUCCGGUCUUGAUGGAGCGCGGACCAGAAUUAUUCUUAAAGCAGCACUGGAAGCUAUGGCUCCCUGCUUAUCCUACUGUGAUUGUAAAAUCCCCGGAAGAAGGAUUACAUGAUGACGUUCCUAUCGUGACAAGAGCGGCGCUGGAAGCCAUCCCUGAAGACAAGCACUUUAUACAUCCAGAUAUUCUGUACGAACUUCAACUGAAGAGUUCUCUACUGGAUGUCAAGGCACCCACUCCGAGACACAUGGAUGAAAACCAUCUAACCUAUCCUUGCUUGCUGAAAAUUGACAUGAGCAGCGGUGGACGGGGAAAUAGGCUUGUAAAGAACCAAAUUGAACUGGCUGCUACUUUAAGGAACAUUAGAGAAGACUGUGGUUGGCACGGAGACGUAUUGUACCAAGAGGUCAUCCCACGGAUCAAAGAAGUGCCCAGCUUUCAGUUUUACCUGCACAAAUCAGGCGAAUUAUACUGGUUGGGGACCACAAUAGGUGGAUUCGAAGGCUUUGGCUGGACAGGAGCCGUAGUGGACUGGGACAAACACGAAGAAUAUGAGAAGCUAGUCUACGAAGAGUUUACCGUUCCGAUUAAGAACUACCUCCAAAAGCAUGGCUACUUUGGCCUAGUCACGUUUGAAGUUAUCAUCACUGAUCAGGGAAAGUACUUGGUCGAUUUAAACCCAAGAAUCGGUAGCGACACGACUCAUUUACUGCUAGCUAAGUACAUGGCCUUAGAUUUCGAUCUAAAGCACUCGGCAAUUUUUUCGUACAACAAGCACGAGCUGUCACCCAAAGAGGUCAUUGCGAGAGCAAACGCGAUCAACAAUAAAGGGAAGGGCCUCGUCGUAGUUUUGAGUGCAGCUGACGACGAAAAAGGAUGCGAGUCACACUUCUCAAUUUUUGCAAACACGCCAGACGAAGUUCGCAAUCUUUACUACCAAUUCAACAACAACGAAGCAAUGGUAUGAGGCCUUUAAUCUGCUCCGUAAAUGCUCUCUUACAGUAAAAACGAUUGAUAAAAGAACUUGAAUAGGAAGGAGAAGGAAAUAAAGAGACAACAUAUGCUUUGAAAAACCAACUCCAUUCACUUGUAACUUGUUAUAUCGUUCAGAAAUGGGCCACGAUGCAAAUCACUGUGUUUACUGAGAUUGGUUUUGUUUGAAAACAAUUCACUUUAUGCGUCAGGAAUAUAGAUUGAACAAUCACUUCCUCUGACAAGGAUUUUAGUUCUCUCUGCUGCUUAUUAACAAUCGUGUCGAAUAUCUCUAAAUCCAUAAGCCACAUAGUCAGAUCUUUCGUAGCAAAAAUGUCCCUUUAACCCAAAUUCGUUGUUCGUUCACGACUUUGAAGACUAGUAAGAAUUAUAACCUUAUUGAAAAAGUGAGGUGAAGAAUUUACGAUAUUGUAAAAUAUUGAUAAAUAUACAACUUUUAACGUCUUUGUUAAGAGUGGUACUUCGUUAAUAAGAUAAUUGUUCGCUAGGAUGAAUGACAAUAUUCACAGAUUUUUUUGCUGCCAGUAAAGAAUGCAAGCAAUUGUUCCCUUGACAUGCGACAAAAAUGAAAAUUUACAACUUGGGAAUUAGUCAAUAUCCAACUCAAACUACUUUUUGAGGCUUAGACUUCUGGAGUACUAUCUGUCAUGCAAAGGAUCAAAAUCCUUUUUGCUUUUCAUCAUUACCACGAGGCAACUUUCUCUGCCGUCUUUUUUAAUGUCGCUUGAGAUAUGAUUAUAAACAAAGUAGGACGAAUGAGUCUUUUUUUUUUGUAAAAAAAUACAUUUUCAUCAUACUGGAAACUUGCAAAACAUUAUUUUAUUUGUAGGAGUAAAAACGUUGUUCGCUGGUAAGAUUUUUAUUGUUUUCACAACACACGAAAACCAAAUGUUGGACCACCUUGGCAAACUCACGAAAUAUCGUCAUUUUCCUCUAAUUUUCGUUUCAUGUAAAUUUUUAGAAAGUAGCCACUUAGCUUCCUUUAUAUAUGACCUUAGAUUUCUGCUUGAAGCAUUCAGCCAUUUUUUCCUCGCCACAAGCACGAAAUGUUACCUAAAGAGUUAAUUUUGAAACUGAUACGCGGUCAUCGAUAAUUGAAAGAGCCUCGUCGUGGUUUUGUGAGCUGCCGAUGAUGUAAAAGGUGCGAGUAGCAUAUCUGUAAUUUUGCCAACGAGUCGGGAGAAGUGUGUAAUCUUAAUUAUCAACCUAUCAAUAAUGAAUCACUGAUAUGAAGCA